CGCCACCUGUUCCCCAAGGCCACGGCAUUGACAUUGGCCACCUUUCGCGCUUCUGGUUUGGUCUGCCAAUGGCCAAUGGAAGGCAAUACGCUGAUAAUCCCACGGCUCAGUGACGUAGCCCACGGAUACGGGCAGUGCAGCAAGACGGUAUUUAUAGAUGCAACGAGAACCGAGGGAGCUCUCUGGGGCUAAGAGAGAGAUUUUCGGAUUUAAAUGGCCAAGAUAUGGUAAGAACGGCGAUUGAAUUCGUAGAUAUAUGAGGGAGAAUAUGGCGAGCACACAAUUGAAUCAGGAAUAAGUGGUUAAUAAUUCUCUUGGAUAACGAGUAAGUCGUCCAAUGGGCUAAAUCGAGGUAAAUGGAAAACAUAGGUUACGAACAUAAACUGAAGCUAAAGAUUGUUGUGUUAACCCUAUCUACAUAGCUUACCAUAAUGCAUUUAAACCCUUAUUUCCGCAAAUGCAUUUAUUGAGUAUACGCCAUGUUGCCGUAGGAUGAUUUUACUAAUAAACCCAAUGCAAAAUCUGACUAAAUCAGGCUUUUUAAAAUUAUUUAAAUAAAUUAUUUUGGCUGUCUAAUAUUUACAGGAACUAUAGAUAGAUGGAACUAAUUUAUUUGCGAUUGGGAAAUUGCCAUUCUCAAUAUCAAAAUUAAACAGGCUAUUGAUUUGCACAGGAUUUUAUUUGUUAAACAACUAGUGAGCCUUGAUUAAAUUGAUUCUGUUACAAUUUCGAUGUACAUAGUUGGCCAAUAAAUAAACCUAGCUAAACAUCCUUUAUGUUGAAAUAUUUACUUUCUCCAUGUUAGUACUUUUUUUUUGGAAACUCAACCAGGAACUAAACAUCUUUAAUAUAACUACCUAGCUCCAUGCAUAUUUAACCAGCAUGGCUGUUCCCUCCGCCCACGCCACCUUAACUUCCAUCUUUAAUUACUGCCACAGCUCAGCAGGUCUAAUCGGAAUGGAAUACAUUUAACGGCCUUCCGCCUGUCUGCGCUCCAAAGAAAAAGAAAAAUGUCCGAGUCUGAUUUCUUCAUAUGCUAAUUACAGUUAUCAAAAAGUUUCUCUGGCGCUGGCAUUGGACACGACACUGGACACUGGAAACUCAAUGCAUACAUAAUGAGUCCUCCUACUUUUCCUGCUGCUGCCUCAGAUUCCAGAUACCAGCCAGGAAGCAAAAAGAGAUGGGAAAGUACACCGGUCGGUGGCACCUAAUUAAAUUAGAUGUUUUAUAUUAUGGUGAGCCGUAAGUGAAACCGAUAUCAGCAGCCGGCAACCGAAAUGAAAAGGAAAGCCCCAGCUCUGCCAGGGGGACUCAACAAGUCGCAAUCUGCACAUGGCAACGAGCAUGAAAACAAAUUAGAACUGAAAAGUAUGAAAUAAGCUCAUAAAAUUACGCUCUCACAUGCUUUGGAACGAAAGGAACGGGGACAGGUGACCCGUUGCCGGAGGCGAGGGCAACAAAGUCCUGCCGCUCCGGACAUUUGCUGCAGGUGCUCCGGCCGAGAGUUGCAGCUGAAGGACUCCGAGUCGGAGUCGGACAGACACUUUGAAUUUAAACGAAAUGGGCGGACUUUCCGGGACUGUCUAAAUACAUACAUAAGGUCGGGACGGAUCUACGGGGAUGAGACGCAGGGGCUAGAAGCCAGGAGCUGGGAGCUGCCUCUGUAAAAGUGCGGAACUUUAAUUAAGUUUUGGUUCUCCCAGCUGACUGACAUCUUGAAUUACAAAUGAAAAACUUGUGUGCAGCAGCAGAAGGAAAGCAGCAAAGGAAACGGGCCAAAGAAGCGACACGGAAAAAGGACGAAUAAAAAGGCAGGACUAGGAAAAAAGCAGUGCAUAAUAACACACUGAACUGCAAGAGGUGGAGCUGCAGCAAAAAGGCAGCUUCUGCAACAGAAUGCGAAUAAGUUGCACAGCCAGCAAUUCAGCGAAGGAAAAUAGAGCGCAGCCCCCACGGAUGGACAGCCCCGAGUCACUGGGCGGGAAACCCAAACAACUACCUUAGCCAUUUACUCAGUUAGCCAUUUGGCCAGCUGGCUAGUUAGCCGCCAUAAGAAUACCCAACUAAAUGGGACCGCGAGUUUCCACCAACCGGCGCGCCGGUUCCUUAAAGUCCGGGUAUCUUGAGAAUCGAACAAGAGCCGCAGCGACAAAAAUAGUUUCAUUCAUGCCGAGCCAAGAAAAUUAUGCGCCAAGACCCAAACUACGGAAUACCCUUGGGUAUCGCGAUUAUCAACUUCCAUUUCCUCUGAUCUGUGUAAAUCCCAGGCACUGGUGACGUCUGCUUACGUUAGUUUCGGCUGCGAAAUAAUAUUUAUCCAGGUAACAGAUAAGAUAGCACGAUGGUGGCUACAAUUAAAUCAAAGUACAGAGUCUGUAAGUCUUGAAUUGGGUGCAACAGUCCUCGAAUUUUAGACAAUUCAUUCGUUAAGGCUUAAAGUACAUUCCGGUUUACAUUAAGGUUUAUGUGUUAAUAUUUAAUAUUACAACUAGAUUCCAGGUCUUGAUACAGAGCAACUAGUCGUCUGUUCAAGUAUGAAGCUUCAUCCGUAGCCGAACUUCAUCAUCAGCAGCCCUGCCACAGAAUUUGGUUUUAGUUCACGUGCCACCGGGAACGGAAAGUUGAUUUUCCCUGCCGGCUGCCUGCUGCCUGCUGCCGAAUGUCGACUGCCGUAGCUGGAAAAUCAGGAAACAGAUGUUUGCAAAUAUCUUGCGAGAGAACUUUUUCGCCAAGGUAUUUAAAUAACGUUCUCGCUGCACCAACUUUUUGUCAGCCGCAGCGCAGAAAAAGGGAAAUAAAACCUGAAAAGCGCAGAGAAUUGAGCAUAGAGGGCUGGCCGAAAGGAAACCCAUUCAAUUUCGCUGAAUUGGGCAGAUUUCGUUUGAAGGGAAUUUCCCGAAUUAUCUUGGGUACGCUCAAUGGGAUAUCAUGCUGCAUUCAUAUCGAAGCGCCGCCUACAUAUACUUUUAAAUAAACCCAACUGAGCACCUUAAGAGCGCGUGUCAAUGCCGAUAAUCCCCACUGGUGACUAAUUAAAAUGUUGGGUAAAAAAUGCUCAAACUUUCCAUUCCAUUUCUGAUAUCACGAUGUCGGACGUCUUGAGGUAUCCCUGGUACAAAGUCCAAAUUGUAUUUACCAAACGCCCCUUAGGAAGUCGAAGAGCUUGUUUAAUCUAUUUGAUAUGCCGGCAGACCCCACAGGGUCUGCCCUUUAUCAAAAUAAACUCAGGCAAAAGAAAAUGCUUAUGAUAUUUAUCUUUAUCAUGGGGUUUGACAAUCUGCUUGAAUGUUCGGAAAGCCCCAAGGCAACGGCUUGUGUUUAUAAAUAAAAUAGUCGCAGCUAUUUCCUUCCUGUAAUUGUGACCCAAAGCGGCAACAGUCCCAGUCAAGAUUACAUAAAGCCCUGAUAGAGGGAAAUCCGAGACCCGGAACGCAGAUAAACUGUGAGGAAAUUAGGGAUGGAUGGUCGUUGCCAUUGACUGGUCAAUGGCCAAAAUUUAAUAACGCUUAUCGUGACUAAGGACACCCUUCAAUUAAUGAAGCCCGCACAAGCAAUCCGAUUAACUUUGAAUAAUAUAUGCAUACACGGGCCAACUUUGGUCACUAGUGUUUAUCUUUCAUUGAUACCUUGCACUUAACCUAGGCCAUGCUUAUCGCCGGCGAUAAGCCCCGUGGGAUCCGCGUCUUUAUAAGUAGGCCCGUCGCCUGGACAGCCCACAGAUACCGGACGAUCUUUCGGGUGUGCACUGAAACUCUCAACUCGCAGCAAACAUGUCCAAGUUACCCUGCAGCUACGACGCGGAGAAGCGGAUCUGGAAGGGCAUGCCCCAGUACAGCCCCUUCAAGCCGGACACCUCCCUCGGUCGUGUCAUCUUCAGGAACAUGAGGAACUGGCCCCAGAAUGUCUGCCAGAUUUCAGACACCGAGGGCGUGGAGGUCACAUUCGGUCAGGCUCUCAGCUGGGCUGUUCGCAUCGCACAGCACCUGAAGAGCCGUGGCCUGGACCACAAGGAUAUCAUUGGCAUCUCCGCCAAGAACACUACCUAUGUGAUGCCCAUCGCAGUGGCCUGUUUCUUCCAUGGAACACCCUUCCAGUCGGCGAACCCCAUUCUGGAAGAAUCCACACUCAAGCACUUGUACACCAUCUCCAAGCCAAAGGUAAUCUUCACUGAUGCCGUGCACUAUGAGAAAUUGUACUCGGCCACUAGCGACUUCAAGCCAGAGAUUAUCCUUACCACCGGCACUAAAGAGGGCGUCCUCAGCAUACAGGAUCUGCUGCAUCCAACGAAGACGGAGUUCUACUACCAGCCAACUCCCUUGAAGGAAGGACCCAAGCAGACGGUGGCCAUCCUUACUUCCUCCGGCACCACUGGAAUGCCCAAGGCUGUGUGCAUCUCCAACGAUAUCCUGAUUCAGGAGACUGUCUUCGUCAACUCCAGCGACACCAUCUUCAUCUCGGCCAGCCUGGACUGGAUCACGGGUCUGUGGGCCACCAUCUUCAGCACCGUUAACGGGUGCACACGCAUCAUCAGCAGCAAGCCCUUCACCGCAGACUACUUUGUUUACCUGGUGAGCAAGUACCGCAUCACGUACGCCCUGAUCCCGCCGGAGCACUGCUGCGCCCUGUUGGACUGCCCCACGGCCACGCCGGAGGCUCUGGGCAGUCUCACCAAGCUGAACUUUGGCGGCGGCCGGAUGACGCAGGCCACCGUGGAGAGGAUCAAGAAGCUGGCGCCCAACGGAGUGCUAAACUCCUCGUACGGCAUGACUGAAGUGGGCUUCAUUGUGUUUAAUCAUGGACACUUGAAGCUGACUGCGGCUGGCAACCCACUGCCGGGCAUCCAGGUGAAGAUCGUGGACGACGACGGCAACAGCUUGGGCCCGAACCAGACUGGCGAGAUCGUCGUGCACAACGGCUUCAACUGGAACGGGUACUUCGCGGACCCCGUGGCCACCAAGGAGAUGCAGGACGAGGAGGGCUGGUUUCACACCGGCGACAUGGGUUAUUUCGACGAGGACGACUACCUGUACAUGACCGACCGCAAGAAGGAGGUGCUCAAGUGGAAGGGCCUGCAGAUGUGGCCUGCCGAGGUGGAGGCGGUCAUCGACGAGAUGCCAGAGGUGAAGCGCGUCUGCGUCAUCGGCAUCUACGAUGAGACACAGGGCGACGUCCCCGGAGCCCUGAUUGUCCGCGAGGAUAACGUAACCCUCACCGCCCAGCAGGUAAUAGACCACGUGGCCAAGCGACUUCCCGACAUCCAGAAGCAGUUGCGCGCUGGCGUCCAGUUCGCGGAUGAGAUCCCGCAGAACCACAACGGCAAGGCCGUGCGACGCUAUGCCCGUGACCUGUUCGUCGCCCUGUCCAAGAAGAACUGAAAGCGCAACCAUGCUUAAUGAAGUCCAAGUCCAAGUUUAAUUAUAAGUUCUUUAGGUUAGGGAUACUGGCUGAUCCUUUUGAAAUUGAAUCGCUUUUUUAAACGCUUGCUAAAAGUCACUCGCAACU